AUGACUGUGGGUGGUGGAAAAGAGGUAAUUGCAAUCGAUUCUGGCUCGGAAACAGAAUCAGAUCACGAUCUAUUGCCGGCAACAACGACGCCACGGGAGAGCAGUCUUCCGCUCCAUAGCAAAGACAGGCCACCAGGACUUGCAAACUCAAGCCUACAGGAUCUCGGAACCAAUAAUGUUGUCUCGGUUCUGAAACUUUCUUGGUACAAAGACUCCCUCAAUUCAGGCGGACUCCUUCCCUAUGACAACUAUCUAGUGUACCAAGGCAAGAUAACCUCAGGGCUCAAACACCAGCCAGGUAAAGUUACAGUACGUCCGAAAGGAAUUCAAAUUCUUACUCGAGCCAAGGAGGAUGCACCGCCACCUAAUGCUAAAAGAAGUCAUGGCAGGCAUACCUCUCGAGCAUCCCGAGCUCAUUAUAGCCAAUUGUCAAGCCAGCCAGCGCUGCUUCACGAAACGACUGUGGAACACGAGGGAACUGAUAUGCUCCCUAUCCCAGAUUUUCUCCAUACAAUCUACUCUUGUCAGCGUCCUACUCCUCUUCAUUGUCCCAACGAGGCCUUCCUCGCUCAACUGAGGAUCAUCAAGCAGGCACGAAAACUCGAGCACGAGGAGAUGAGGUCCCGUGCCUACUCUGGUGGUAUUGCAACUAUUGCCUCUUAUCCUCACACUCUGAUGUCUGCACGAGAAGUCUACAGAUUGCCGAAUUGUGGGGGCAAGAUAGCUACUUUGUGGCGAGAAUGGCAUGAGACUGGGCACAUCGCUGAAGUAGACCGUAUUGAAUCAGAUCCGCGGAUGCAGGCGCUCAACAUCUUCUAUGGCAUACACGAUGUCGGAGAUUCAGGGGCCAAGAAAUUCUAUGAGAGGGGUUGGAGAGACCUUGAUGAUGUGAUUGAGUUCGGCUGGGACAAUGUACUUACCAGGAAUCAACAAAUCGGAGUGAAAUAUUACGACGAAUUCCAGCUCAGGAUCUCAAGGACAGAAGUGGAGAGCACGGCCAACAUAAUUCUGGACUAUGCAAAUAGGAUACGAGACGGCUUUCAAAUGGUAAUAUGUGGAGGGUAUCGGCGAGGGAAGUCGGAUUGUGGCGACGUCGACGUGGUCUUGACCCAUCCCGACGAAGAAGCUACGUCUAUGUUUCUACAAACACUGCUGGAAAACUUAGAAGAAGAUUCGUACAUUACUCACCGGUUGACAGUAUCGACGAGGAAUAGUGACCGAGGACAAUCUCCAGUCAGUUGGAAAGGCAAGCGGAAAGCUGGCUCCGGCUUUGACACACUCGACCAUGCAUUUGUCGUCUGGCAAAAUACUCAGUGGCCGUCCCAGGUUGAAGAUUUGAAGAAGGAUCCGAAUUUCAAGAAUCCCAAUCCCCACCGACGAGUCGAUAUCAUUGUCACUCCAUGGAAGACGGCUGGUUGCGCUAUCAUCGGAUGGUCAGGCGGAACGAUGUUCGAGAGGGAUUUGAGGAAAUACUGCAAUGACAAGCUAAAUCUGAAAUUUGAUAGCAGUGGUGUCAGGAAGAGGGAAGGUUAUGAUGAGGGAGCUUGGGUUGAUUUGGAAGCCGGGGACGGUGACUUGUUGGUUAAGGAGAAAAGAGUAUUUUCUGGAUUGGGGUUGGAGUGGAGAGACCCUACCGAAAGAUGCACCGAUUGA